AUGAAGAGGAGCCAGAAUGAUCAACUUCAUCGGGAAUUCGUUCGUUCGGUUCCUGACGGCGGUGACCCUGCCCCUCCUGCGCCUCGUCCUGCUGGCGGUCGUUCGAGAGGCCGGCGAGAAGGGGGACUACUCGCUCAGCGGACCCUGCACGACGCCUAUGACUUCAUUGUCGUCGGCGCCGGGAGUGCCGGAAGUGUCAUGGCGUCCAGGUUAUCCGAGGUGGAGGGCUGGCGCGUGCUGGUGGUGGAGGCGGGCGGUCCUCCUGCAGCCGAAACCUUCAUUCCUGCCUUCGUGCCCUUCUUCUUCCUCCCCGGCCACGACCUGGACUGGGACUACACGACCACGGCUCAGAAGCACGGGCUGAAGAACUUCGAAAAUCGGAUGGCGCGCAUCACCCAGGGGCGCGUGGUGGGCGGUUCCUCGUCCAUCAACGGCCUCAUGUACGUGAGAGGCAACCGGCGCGACUUCGACCACUGGGCCUCCCUCGGGAACGCGGGCUGGGACUACCGGUCCGUGCUUCCGUAUUUCACCAAGGCCGAAAACUACUACGGGAGCUUCCUGGAAGACAAUGAGAGGUAUCGAGGACGAAGCGGGCCCCUGGCAGUGACCCCGGACUCCCCUGGGCCCAUUUUCAAAGCCUUCCUUAAAGGUGGACAGGAGCUUGGCUAUUCCGUGGUCGAUUACAAUGGUCCUGAACAGAUAGGUUUUGCAGUCAACCAGUACACAGUCGGCAAUGGCACGAGGGCAUCUACAGCUGAGAGUUACCUGCGACCUGUCACCUCCAGACCUAAUUUGCAUAUUCUCCACAGCGCCACCGUCCAUAAAAUUAUUUUUGAUGAAGACAACAGGGCCGUUGGCGUUCAGCUACAGCACAGGGGAAGGAUGCUCACAAUAGGCACGCGUCGAGAAGUGAUCGUGUCCUCAGGUGCCAUAGGAUCGCCCAAAUUACUUCUGCUCUCCGGUGUAGGCCCCAGAGCUCAUCUUCAGCAACAUCGGAUAAACGUUGUGGCGGACGUGCCCGGCGUCGGCCAGAACUUCCACGACCACAUAAACGUUUACGGUCUCACGUGGACGGUGCCCUUCGGAGUCAGUCCUCAGAACCUGGGUCUCCUCGCGGGCGUCGACGUCUUUUCGCCGUCGUCUCUACAGGAAUUCAUUAGGUCCAGGAAAGGUCCACUAACUCGGGUGUCGGCUGAAGUCGUCAACGCCUGGGUGAAGGUAUCCCCAGGAGGCGACCCCCUCUGGACCGACACCCAGGUUUUCUUCAAUGGAUUCACAGCAGGAGCGGACUUGGGUUUCUUCUACCCUUCGCUCUGGGGCAUGGACCGAACUUUCUUUAAGGAACACUACAAAGACAUCUUAGGUCAGGAAGGUUUCUCCAUCAGACCAGUGCUUGUGAGACCUAAGAGUCGAGGGUCAGUAACUCUUCUGUCAAGUGACCCAAGACGACCUCCAGCCAUUGACCCAAACUACCUGAGUCACCCCGAUGAUGUAGCCACACUCGUUAAUGGUAUAAAAUUUUCGUUAGCGCUGGGCAACACAACUGAUUUCGCCAGAACCUACAGAGCAAGGUUCUUUAACAAGCCUUUACGUGGGUGUGAAAACCUACCCUACGGGAGUGACCAAUACUGGGCGUGUUAUAUACGUCACAUGGCUUCUUCCUUUCUACACUUUGCUGGCUCCUGUAAGAUGGCACCGACCUCAGAUCCUUUGGGUGUUGUGGAUAACAGGCUAAGGGUUCGUGGAGUAAAAGGACUGCGUGUUGUGGAUGCUUCUGUCAUGCCCUCUGUUACCACUGGGAAUACCAACGCACCUGUUAUUAUGAUUGCAGAAAAGGCUUCUGAUAUUGUUAAACAGGAUUGGGAUCAGCCAGUGUAGACUGAUCUGUGAUAUAUAUUAUAAUACUUGAAAUUUGUUAGAGGAUUAUGUUGUAUAUUUUCCAUUGUAUGGUCACACUGUAUGCUGGAAAUACAGAUCAUCAAUAUCCGA